AGAAGCUGGAAGAAAAGCUAGGAAACAGGGAGUGCUGACCAGUGAGGUUACGAUACUGACGGUUUCCGAACUCCCAGUAUGAAUGAACAAGUCCCAAAAACAUCUCGUCUCUUCUCUGCAUCCCAGAUUAUUUUUGUGCUAAUGGUGAUUUUAUCAGUGGUGAUCCUGAGUCUGAACGUUCAUCAUAUAGAGAGUAACAAUCGCUCAAGCUCUGAAUCAGUGCCAAUGUGGAAUUUCCCAAUUCCAAAGCAGAGAGUGAUGAAGAAGGUUCCUGCAACCCUCAAAACGUUGAUCUGUCACUACCAGAAUCAGAGCUCCAUAUCUGAAGAUCGAUCUGAAGAAAUGUUCCUGUUGAAAAUGAUUGAAUGGACAAACUCACCUGGAGCUCGCACACCCUUUAUGAACAGCACUGACCCAAAACACUCUCACUUUCUUAUUUUAAACUCUCAGAACACUUUCCACAUUGGGGAUCAGUUACAGGUGAUGGUCCACAUGUAUGAUUUUUCAGGACACCUGAAGCAAUACGGAGGUGACUAUCUCCAGGCCCGGAUCCACACCCCAGAGCUCAAAGCGGGUUCAGUGGGAACAGUCGUCGAUUACCAAAAUGGAUCGUACAAGAUCAAUUUUACUUUAUUCUGGUCGGGGAACGUUGAGGUGUCCGUUAUCUUGGUUCAUCCCAGUGAAGGGAUUCAAGUGCUCAAAAGGAUACGUAAGGAACGACCAGACAAAGUGUACUUUCGUAGCAAGUUCAGAUCAGGAACUGUUGUGGAGAGCACCAUAUGCAGUAUUUGUUUGCCUGAAACAGCACCAAUUUGUAAUUAUACCGACGUCAGAACUGGGGAACCCUGGUUCUGUUACAAACCGAAGCACCUCUCGUGCACUGCUCGUGUCGACCAUUCUGUGGGACCUUAUCAGAAUAAGCUCCUAAAUAAAGAAGAGAGUCUCUAUUUUAAAAGCAAAGUCAAUCUUCAGGUUUCCAUAUUACCCAGAGGUCCAGGAAAUGUAACAGUAGUAAAAUCGUCGCGUGUAGUUUCAGGUCCUGGAGAGUGUGUGUUUGGCAAGUCUCUGAUGUCACCAUCUGGCUUUUACUAUAAUGGCCUGUGGAGGUCAACAAGUUGCAAUAUUCACCGUUUCAACACUUCUGCAAGCAUUACAAACUGUCUACAUGGAAAAGUGAUUUACAUUUACGGAGAUUCAACCAUACGUCAGUGGUUUGAAUAUUUGAGCGCGAUCUUGACAGACCUUAAAAAGUUUGAUCUUGGGAAACAGAUUAAAAAUGGCCCACAUCUUUCGGUGGAUUUGAAAAACAACAUCUUGUUGAAUUUUCGUUUGCACGGUCCACCAAUCCGAACAUCCCCUCUUGCAACCCAAGACAUGCACUACAUUGCAAAUGAGCUGGAUGAAAUUAAAGGAGGAAAGAACAUAAUUAUAGCAUUCACAAUAUGGGCGCAUUUUGGCACUUUUCCAUUGGAAGUUUACAUCCGAAGAAUACAGAAUAUUCGAAGAGCAAUUGUACGAUUACUGGACAGGAGUCCGGAUACGCAAAUUAUAAUAAAGACUGCCAAUGUUCAGGGUCUUUCAUUUAAGAGCAGCCUCUUCAAUGAUGACUGGAAUUGCUUUCAGCUUGAUUUAGUUUUGAGAAAAAUGUUUGAGGGCAUCAAUGUGGCAUUUGUGGAUGCAUGGGAGAUGACUUUAGCGCAUUACCUGCCACAUCUGUUACACCCAAAACAAAUUAUUAUAAAGAAUGAAGUAGAUGUGUUUCUUUCAUAUACGUGCCCGUUGAAAAAUAAAUAAUAGAGAUAAAUUCUGCCCUUCUUUUAAGGAUCAAAGAUAGAAAUGUAUGACAAUAGGAGACUAUUCAGCCAAUCUUUUCAUGUUGGUAUUUCCAAGAAGCCCAAGCACAAUUUCCUAUUCUUUCCCCAUACCCUCUAAUACCCCUUCUCUGCAACCUGCUUGUUGAAUUCACUGUAUGUCCCACCUGCUGGCUUCACAGAUGGAUCAGCCGCCACCUCGAAAAAUCACAGAGUGAGUUACAAAUUAUGUCCUCCGUCUCUCUGAGAUGAGCACUGCCUCUGUAUGCUUUUCCUCCUGCUCCUCAACGCUGCUUUUGAUGUAAUCAAUCAUGCCAUCCUCCUCAAUCGCCUCUCCUCCCUCAUCCACCUCAGUGGGAACUGCACUCUCCUGGUUUGUGACUUACUUGAGCCACAACCAUCUUUAUGUCCCUACAAAUGAUUUCUCCUCUUGUCCCCACCUAGUCUCCAGGAGUCCACUGAUUUUGUGAUUGAUUUACUGUAUUACUUUAUUAAAACUAGUUUGAUUUA